UACUCAGCUGAUCGAACCGCGCAGUCUGUGGAAACCCGUGUGGAAUUUUCCGCUGUCUGGUAUAAGCGUGUUUGGAGAGAGGGAGGGUAUGAUAAGGGAUAUGCAACGUGUCUUCAAAGAAAUUAUCCUGAUUUGCAUAAGGUGACGAAAUAUUACACUGCGGUACGCGUAGCUUUUUGGGUCUUGCGGAAUGUGUCAAUGAUUGCCGAAAGUUACCUGCGCCGGUGUUCUUAAAUUAUACAUCGGGGUCAAAGUCACGGAGUGCAAAGGCUAGAUAAACUUCAGUAAGGCUAUAUUUAACCCACGGCAGCAGGGAUUGACAAUCAUUGAGGACGCUGACUCGGGACACAUUCAACAGACAUAAUGGCUGCAGACGAAACCCGUCAUGACAUGACCCAGUUCUGGGAGAGCCACUCCAAGGAUGCAACUCUCCAAGAAAUGAUGCUGGACAGCAAUGCAGAGCUGCUGUGUAAAGAGGAAAUCCCAGAAAUCCUGGAACUGAUUCCAUCCUUAGAGGGCAAAACUGUGUUAGAAUUAGGAUCUGGAAUAGGUCGGUUUACAUCUGUACUAGCAGACAAAGCCAAACAGGUGACAGCAGUGGAUUUUAUGCAGAAGUUUGUGGACAAGAACAAAGAAUUGAACGGUCACCGUGGCAACGUGGAGUUUCUCUGUGCUGAUGUCACAAAACUUGACCUGCCAGAGGGCAAAUACGACUUGGUGUUUUCUAACUGGCUGUUUAUGUACCUGGGAGACGAGGAGGUGAGAGCUGUGGCGGAAAAAAUCCUUUCCUGGCUGAAAGAUGGCUGCUAUUUCUUCUUCAGGGAGUCGUGUUUCCAUCAGUCAGGUGAUAAGAAAAGAGAAGCAAACCCGACCAAGUAUCGUGACCCUGCCACAUAUAGCAACUUGUUCAAGUCUGUGUCAGUGCCAGUACCUGACGGAACUAAUUUGUUUGAAGUUAUUCUGUCCAAGUCUAUACAAACCUAUGUUAAGCUCAAAGAUAACAGUAACCAGGUGUGCUGGCUGAUGCACAAGAUGCAUUCAAACACGGCAGCUGCCUUUGGGCACAAAACAUUCCAAGACUUCCUGGACAAUCAGCAGUACUCUAGAAAUGGGAUCCUACGCUACGAGAUGAUCUUUGGCCGCCAUUUUGUCAGCACAGGAGGACUAGAGACCACGGAGGAGUUUGUAAAGAUGCUGGAUCUGAAGCCUGGGCAGCGUGUACUAGAUGUGGGAGCAGGAAUUGGAGGCAGUGCCUUCCACAUGGCAGAGAAAUACGGAGCACAUGUGCUUGCUGUGGACUUGUCAGAAAAUAUGAUUGGUAUAGGUCUGGAGAGAGCUAAUGAAAUCAGAGACAAAAGGGUACAGUUUGAGGUAGCAGAUGCCACAAAGAGGGAAUACCCACCUGAGUCUUUUGAUGUAGUCUACAGCAGGGACACCAUCCUGCACAUAGCUGACAAGGAAACUCUGUUCAGGAGAUUACUGUCCUUCCUGAAGCCUGGUGGCAAGUUGCUCAUCUCAGACUACUGCUGCAGUGACGGAGACCAUUCUGAAAACUUUCAGAAAUAUGUGGCACAGCGUGGAUAUCAUCUCCUCACUCCCACGGAGUAUGGCAAGUUGCUAGAGAAGGUGGGUUUUGUGAAUGUCCGAGCAGAGGACCGCACUGACCACUUCAUAGACGUACUUCAGAGAGAGCUGAAACGUACAGAGAGUAUAAAAGACGACUUUAUUAAGAAAUUCUCAGAGGAGGAUUACAACUACAUAGUGGAAGGGUGGAAAGUGAAGAUUGCUCGCUGUUCAGGAACCGGAGAGCAACGCUGGGGAUUGUUUUAUGCAGAGAAACCCCAGUGAUUGUGUUCAUCUCACCUAACACACUUAGUGGACAGAUGAAUCAAUGGACUUGUUGGAACUGGGUAAUUAUUACGGAAGUUUUAUCGUGAUCAUAUCAUGAUGUAACAGAAGAUAAAACAUGUAGGGUGGGGGGUUACUUCAAAGGAACUUGGUAUUUAUGAGUAAUGUGGAUGAUUUUUGAUGGAAAUUUUGUCGACUUUAUUUUAUUAUUUGCCCCUGAAAUUUCAAGUGGACAGGGGGAGGGAAGGAAUUCCUCAUUUAAGAGAGAUAAUAACCAAUGGGCAGGAAAUGUAUAAAAUGAAAGCUAGUUUUUUAUAUGCAGCAAUAAGUGGAAGCAAAAAAAAUGUAAGAUGGGGCUUGUAUAUUAAUGCUUGCACCAGUAGGAAAAAAGGUAUGAUUGCAAGGACUUUAUACUGUACAAAUCAGACCAAAGGUGUAUCCACUUGAAGUGGUAUACUUAAAGCAUUUGCAUCAUGUUAAAAUUAUUUUGAAUAUAUUUGUAUGACUUAAAUGUUUGACUUAAAGGUAGAGGGCGUGCAAUGUUCUUGCUGUUGUUGAUGUUGUUGUUGUUUGCCUUUUACUUUUUGAUUUUGAUUAUUUCUUUAUUGUCUCACACCAAAGAAGUUUUAAAAUGUGUAUGUUUGAAAUCCUAGAAAGAUUACCAGUAUGGCAUUUACCACAAUUAUUUAUGUCCAAAGGUGUCAUUUACCUCAAAAAUAUUUAUUUAACUAUGUUCCCAUUUGAAAUAUUUUUGUUUCAAAAAUAUUUUUAAAUAUUUAGCAUAAUUAAAAGGCCCAGUACAUCAAGUAGUAAGAGAUUUUACAUAGUUACUUUAAUUUAUUUACAUAAGCAUGCUAAUGUCCCACUGCUAUGGUCUAAUUGGCAGUUUUUGCUCCUGUUAUAUAUUGAUUUUCAAUGUUGUACUCUCCGCAGCUUGUUGCUUACUCUAAUUAAAAUAACUUUGAAUAUAUUAUAACAUUGAGAGAAAAAUACUUAAUUCUUUACUAAAGCACCAAAUGAGUAACAGCGUAAUGUGUUAAUGUUUAAUUGACUCAACUUACAAUUUUAAUUGCAGUAUCUGGAAAUAAAAAUAGUUAUUCACACCACUUGUCGGUUUUAGUGUUAUAGUAAUUCAAAGGAACCCUGUUACUGGAAAGAAGUGGAUUGGAAAUGAAAAGGAUGUACAUGUACGUAAGUUCUGUGCCAAAAUAAAAUGAAUUUCUGAGAGACGAAAAAUGUAAUAGGCCUAU